AUGGCCCAAGCUGGCAUGGCAUCACAGGCCGCCCGCCUCGCCAAGGAUCUGACCCUCACCGGCCAGUCCGCCACCACGAUCCCCAAGCUGGUGUACGGCACGGCCUGGAAAAAGGACAGGACCGCCGACCUGGUCUAUACCGCGCUCAAGGCUGGCUUCCGUGCCGUCGACACGGCCGCGCAGCCCAAGCAUUACGAUGAGCCGGGCGUGGCCGCUGGCGUGAAGCGCGCCAUUGUCCAAGGAAUCAUCACCCGCGGAAACCUAUUCAUCCAAACCAAGUUCACCGCUCCGGGUGGCCAGAACCAGAAGACGCCGUAUGAUGUCGACGCGCCCCUCGCGGAAAAGGUCAACCAGUCGGUACGCUCGUCGCUCAGGAACUUUGCCAUUGAAGGCGAGGAGCCGUACCUUGACAGCGUGGUCCUUCACUCGCCCAUGGACACCAUCCAGGACACCAUGACGGUCUGGAAGACUCUCGAGUCGUACCACCCCCGGACGAUCCGCAACAUCGGCAUAUCCAACACGACCUUGCACGUGCUCGAGGCGCUGUACACCAACAUGACUGUCAAGCCGUCCGUCGUGCAGAACCGCUUCCACGAGGGCACAGGAUACGAGACCAAGCUGCGCGCCUAUUGCCGCGACAAGGGCAUCGUCUUUCAGUCGUUUUGGACGUUGAGCGCUAACCCGGUGCUGGCGAACAGCGCGCCCGUCAAGGCGGUCGCCCGGGGGGCGGGCGUUGAAGUUGCAGCUGCGUACUAUGCGCUGGUCAUUGGGCUGGAAGGUGUUGUGGUUUUGGACGGCACCACCAGCGAGUCCCAUAUGAAGCAGGACCUGGAGGGACUGGAAAAGGUCGCCGUGUGGGCUGAAGGGGCUGGCGCGGCCGACUGGGCGUCUGCGCUGACUGCGUUCAAAGAGUUGUUGGGCGAUGAAGGAUAG